AUAACUUUUACCUUUUAAGUGUACUCAAAAAACGGCGUAGGCUUUUUUUAGCAGUUAACGAAGCGCCAGGCUAGCCGAUGGGUUUUAGAGCGUACUAUGUUGUAAGAAAUGGGCAAAAAACAGCAUCAAAGCGAUAAAAUUUACAUCUCCCAUUCAGAAUGGCGAGAUUAUUGGGGAGGUAAAAAACGUAGCAGUGGUGUUUCGUAUAGUCGACUACCUCUCAACUGUUGCUGCAUUUCUUUUCUUCCUUUUCGAGAACCCUACUGCGACCAAAACGGGAUGAUUUAUGAUCUGAUGAACAUUGUUCCUUAUAUAAAAAAGUACAAGACUAAUCCUUGUACUGGUGGGCCAAUGACCGCGAAAGAGUUAAUAAAAUUAAACUUUUGCCGAGAUGAAAGUAGUGACACUUUUAUAUGCCCCGUUACUAAAAAAUCUUUUUCUCAUAAUUCCAAAGUUGUGUGUGUGUCUACUACUGGAAAUGUUUAUCUUUAUGAAACAAUCGAGAAGCUCAAUUUCAAAUUUAAGAAUUAUAAAGAUUUACUAACUGACGUGCCUUUUAAACGUUCUGAUAUUAUCAUACUCCAGGAUCCUAAUAAUAUUGAAAAGCACAACUACUCUGAAUUUCACCAUUUUAAAAACCGCCUUAAGGUGAUAAGCGAGGAAGAAAAUAGACUUCGAAACGACCCUUUGUACAGAAUAGGGAUGGUUAAUCCGGAAUUUAAAAAUACUCUGGCGGAACACCAUAAGGCCAAAAUACAAGGAAAGGAGCAACAGAGAAAAACCAAAGACGGUAAGGAUGAAGUUAUGAGCAGUGACGAGGAAGAGCUGCACACUUCCACAAUUUGGAGCGAUAACAGAAUGGCCGCCUCACUGACCAGCACGGUCGCCAGCUGCGUGACCGCACUUCGCGGUGCCAAGCUGGAUCCUGAAUUUGUUCGUCACAGCAAAAUUACUAAAAAGGGAUAUGCAAGCCUCGUCACUAACUUCGGCAAUCUUAAUAUCGAACUCUUCUGUCACUUAACUCCAAAAGCCUGCGAAAAUUUUCUUCUUCUUUGCCAUCGCAAGUACUACUCCGGAACUAAAUUUCAUAGACUCAUCCGGUAUUUCAUGAUCCAGGGAGGCGAUCCGACGGGGACCGGCUCUGGUGGCGAGUCUGCCUGGGGCAAGCCCUUUGAAGAUGAGUGGAAGCUGGAGCUUUCCCACGACCGGCGCGGACUGCUGAGCAUGGCCAAUAGCGGGCCUAACACGAACACGUCGCAAUUGUACCGUUGCCACUCGCAUUUCGCCUUUUUUUUUAACACUGCUUGCUUCUAUAGCUUCAUCACGUUCAGACCUUGUAAACAUUUAGAUAAGAAACACACUAUAUUUGGCGCUGUAGUGGGCGGAUUGGAGGUGCUAAGCAGGAUGGAGAAUUCGGAAACGGACCAAGAGGACAGGCCUCUCGAGGAUAUCUUAAUACAGCAGACGCAGGUGUUUGUGGAUCCGUUUUCUGAAUACGAUGAAGAAAAGAAAAAAAAGAAAGAAGCAAAACUUGCGAAGGUUGCACCUCCUAAAUCCGUCGAGGGCCCCUCUGAAGGCAUAACAAAGCAGUAUCGAAAGGGCGUGGGAAUGUAUAUUGAGCAUCUCGCCCCUCCCGCAUUCCACCGGACAACCAGUAAGGCCUCAACUGACACUGCCCCCCCCAAAAAGUUGAAGCUAAGUGGUUCGAAGCUUUCUGAUUUUAGCCAGUGGUAACACAAGCACGGCAGUGCAGAGCCAGAGUGGGGGGCCUCGUUUAUAACAAAAUUUAAAUCCUUAUCGGCACUUUAGUAAAAUAUUAGUAUAU